UGUUCUUCCCAUUUUCCGCCGAAUCAACUGGUGUCAUUUCGAGGAAAGAAUUUCCCAGAUGUAUCUCCACGUCUCUGCAUUCCUUGCUGUUGUGUUCCAUUAUGUUCUCUGCCUACCCAAUCAAGGCGGCUCCCGUCUUUUGCGCCUCGCCCGAGGAAGCACCGACGAAAUAUCGCUGCCCCUGCACCAUUCUGAACCCAGCGGGGGCGACGUGCUGCGGGGCCUGCUUUCGGCCCACGCCCUGGACAGGCUGGGCGGAGGAGAGCUACUCCGUGCUCUUGCACCCCUGAGCGGCGGGGCCGCGGCCCGGGCCCUGGAAAGGAUCGGCGGUGGAGGGGAGAGGGCGGUCGACUCCUUGGACGGUUUCCGGGGCGGAGAAGUGCUGAUCGCCCUCGAUCGUCUGACUGGAGGGGAGCUACUGGCCUCCUUCGAUGACAAGGAAAGCACGGCUGUCUUGGAGGCUCUGGAGAUGGCUAGACAAAGAUCCCGACAUCGGCCUGCUCCCAAAAGGACCUUAGACACCCUGAGCGGAAUGGCGUUUGGCAACAGUAAAAAACGAUUCGAUUCUCUGAGUGGGUCCACCUUCGGUCUUAGCAAGAGAGACUUCGACGAAAUCGACAACGUUGGAUUUACUGGAUUCGCGAAGAGGGGCAGGGGAGGUCUCUCAUUGGCUCUCGCUAAAAAGAACUUCGACGAAAUCGACCGAGCUGGAUUCGAAACCUACAACAAGCGGAACUUCGACGAAAUCGACAGGACGGGAUUCGAGACUUUUGAGAAGAGGGAUAGGAAAGAAUAGAAAGCUCCUCAGAAUGAUGCCUUGACAGCUGUAACCUCAAAAUAUCCGACAGGACAAGCUGUCAAGCGGGCUCAUUUGUGCCAAAAUUAUCAGAAGAGUCUGAAAGAACUUUUAAAAGUCAGAAAGACGAUGAAGAAAAUACCUCCAGAGAGUUAUGUUCUGGUCAUCGUCCGCAACUGUUAUAUGUUCUGUGAUGAUUAUUUUCUAAAUUCAAAGUUAAACCUAUGUCCACAUUCUUAUUAAAUUUGUUUUUCCUCCCUACGUUUUAAUUUGAUGUUGUUUGUUAAAUAGAGUUAUUGACAAUGAUUUUGCCUGUAAACAAAUAAAAAUCAAAAGUUUCUUAUGUAGGCGCUA